AUGAACGCAGCUGUUCCGGUUGCUGGCGCUUAUGCCUCACCUGCUGCAUAUGGAACACGUAGCAAAAGCGCGCGCCGUGGGGCAAUCACAAACGCUACAGCCGCUGUUGGUGGUUCCUCUCAGCAGGCGGGGCAGCGUCAGCAAUCGGCCGCCACUGGUGGUCGUUCCUCGCAGCAGGCGCGGCAGCGUCAGCAUACCGCCGCCGCUGCUGGUCGUUCCCUGCAGCAGGGGGGUGUGCAUCACUCCUCCGCCUCUGCUGACGGUGCAUCACAGCUGCAGGGACCUCCUCCCCUUCCUACCGCCGCUGCUGCUGGCUACUCGAGUCAGCAGGAGGUGCUGCAUCACUCCGCUGCUGCUGCUGCCGGUGCUUCACAGCUGCAGGGUCCUCCUCCCCUUCCUACUGCCGCUGCUGCUGGCUACUCGCAUCAGCAGGAGCUGCUGCAUCACUCCUCUGCCGCUGCUGCCGGUGCUUCACAGCUGCAGGGUCCUCCUCCCCUUCUUAGCCGCUGCUGCUGGCUACUCGAGUCACCAGGAUGUGCUGCAUCACUCUUCUGCCGCUGCUGCCGUCAGCAGGAGGUGCUGCAUCACUCCUCUGCCGCUGCUGCCGCUGCUUCACAGCUGCAGGGACCUCCUCCCCUUCCUACCGCCGCUGCUGCUGGCUACUCGAGUCAGCAGGAGGUGCUGCAUCACUCCUCUGCCGCUGCUGCCGCUGCUUCACAGCUGCAGGGUCCUCCUCCCCUUCCUACCGCCGCUGCUGCUGGCUACUCGCACCAGCAGGAGCUGCUGCAUCACUCCGCUGCCGCUGCUGCCGGUGCUUCACAGCUGCAGGGUCCUCCUCCCCUUCCUACUGCCGCUGCUGCUGGCUACUCGAAUCAGCAGGAGCUGCUGCAUCACUCCGCUGCCGCUGCUGCCGGUGCUUCACAGCUGCAGGGUCCUCCUCCCCUUCCUACCGCCGCUGCUGCUGGCUACUCGAAUCAGCAGGAGCUGCUGCAUCAUUCCUCUGCCGCUGCUGCCGGUGCUUCACAGCUGCAGGGUCCUCCUCCCCUUCCUACUGCCGCUGCUGCUGGCUACUCGCAUCAGCAGGAGGACUUGCAUCUGCCUACCGCUGCCUCUGCUUUUGAUACCUGGCUGCAGGGACCUCCUCCCCUUCCUACCACCGCUGCUGCUGGUUUCGCUGCUGAGCAGGGGGGACUGCAUCAGUUUACAGCUGCCGCUGAUCCUGGGUGCGUCUCGCAUGAACCUCCGCCUCUUGCCUCCGCUGCCGCAGCUAAUCAGUACACUCAACAGGGUAGUAACCAGUUCACAACACAUGCCGCCACCGCAGCAGCUCCAUUCGACAAUAGCCAGCCGCCCAGCAGGCCUAGCAGCCCUCCCUCUGCCCAUCGUAUGGAGGGAAUGGCAACUGAGGAUGGUCCAUCCUCUCCAUUUGCGCUGCCGAACCAUACUGCAGUACCUACAAGGGGGGUAGUGGCAAACCCUGCACCGGAAAGAGAGCCUGUUUAUGUGGCCGCCUUCCAGACUCACCUCGGGGAAACUUUGGGGCCAGCACCACCCACGGGAGACGGUACUGCUGUUGGAAGGGCAGAGUUCGAUGCCAUGAUGGUGGAGGUUAGACGGCUGCAACGUGAGAACCUGACCUUGCAGAAUCAGGUUGCAGCAUACGGUCGUUCACAAUCACCAUCCCCGUCAUCAUCUUCCGAUGAUGACGACGAACAUGCAUCCCCCCAAGCACCACCCUCCCAACCCCUAGGUGUCCCGGCUCAGGGGGCGCAGCCGCAAGUGAUCCUUGCCAACCGGCGUACUGUGGGAACAGCAGUUGGCGAGGCACACAACAUGGGCAUCGCUCCGGACUACAACACAUUCGCGCCGGAUCUCGAACCGUUCGCGACAAAGGUGGCCGCAGCCAUGAAGACGAUUCCACCUGCGAACGGUGGCUUGUGCGCAUUGGAGGUGGUGCAGGGCUGCCUCUUCACCUCUGUGGGCUAUGCAUUGGCUGGGGCCUCCUCUCAGUGCGCAUUGGAGGUGGUGCAGGGCUGCCUCUUCACCUCUGUGGGCUAUGCAUUGGCUGGAGUGCGCAUUGGAGGUGGUGCAGGGCUGCCUCUUCACCUCUGUGGGCUAUGCAUUGGCUGGGGCCUCCUCUCAGUAGUGCCCCUACUCAUGGUUCCCCCCCCUUGUGUUUUUACCCCCAUCAUUUGUCUCUGCAGGUGCGCAUUGGAGGUGGUGCAGGGCUGCCUCUUCACCUCUGUGCGCAUUGGAGGUGGUGCAGGGCUGCCUCUUCACCUCUGUGGGCGAUGCAUUGGCUGGGGCCUCCUCUCGGUGCGCAUUGGAGGUGGUGCAGGGCUGCAUCCUCACUUCUAUGGGCUACGCAUUGGCUGGGAGCCUCCUCUUAGUAGUGCCUUCUCCCCACACAUAGUUUCCCCCCUAUUGUUUUCCGCCCCCAUCCUUUGA